CAGUCCACAAAGGAAGAAGUCAUUCGACAGUUGGUUGUGUACAUUGAUCUUUUGACUUGUCAUAUGUUUAGCUGAGUAUUAAAUACACACUACAUAAAAGGUCAUAUGAAACACUGCAAUCUGAAGGCAACAAUUACCGGAAAUAACACUCAUAUUAAGGAAAACAACGAAAAAUAACCGGAUUUCGAUGUACAUCUAUUUUUACCAUAUAGUAUUGGACGCUGGAUUCGUGUUGUACUAUUGGUAAAUUGACCAGUCGCAUCAAAUCCAGAUUGAUCACGUCUGUCAAGGAAGGGAGUUAAAAUUAACUUGUUGAAAGCUGCUUCCAAGAGUCGUAUACUAUUUUUUAUUAAGGUAGCGGAAUAAAAUCGCAAAUACAAGAUUUUCCUCUCACAACUCGAGACGACACAGUUGACCAUGGGCCGGGGCAAAGGAGGCGAGGAAUAUUGUGUGGCUUGCGGUGCGGCAGUUCUUUGCUGCUGCGUCACCGUUCUCGCGGUCGGCCUGGCGGGACUCGGCAUCGCUAAGAUCGUAAUGGGCGCUAUCUACCUACACCACUGCGAUAUUGAGAAGAUGAUCCCGAUCUACCUGAUCGUGAGCGGUGUGGUGCCGUUGUUCUUCAGCAGCUUUAGCCGCCGCGACGAGGACCGAGGCUUUGGUGUAGCCGAUAUUUGUGGCCUGCUCGCCUUCCUCUUCAACACCGCCUGGCUAGUGUGUGGAAGCAUCUGGGUGUAUCCUAACUACGGGAAGCUGACUUCAGACCAGUACGUACCUUGCUCGGAGACGGUAAAAAACCACUGUGUUCGCGGCACGUGCUCCAUGACCUUCAUGACCUUCGCCUUUUCCAUGGUUACCAUAGACUGGAUAUGUUUCGGGCUCGGGAUGGCAUUUCUGGCAUCGGUCUACUGUCGGGCCGGUUGCCGGGACUGAGUCUUCUAUCUGUAGAAUAGUAUUCUGUACCGUUUGUGUCAGGCGUCAAUGUAUACGUACGAACGUCAGCGUUAUAAAACUCAUAUGUUCAUUAUUGGCCGUGAUUUCAGAGUUAACUUACAUGUACGAUGCCAUUAUACACAAAGAGACACAUAUUCAAACAACAAUAUAUAAGGAUGAAUUAUAUUGAAAUAACCACAACAACUAUUCUGGGUUAUAAACAUAAAAUAAUUCAUAGCCGUUCGUUUAUCAAUAAUAAUCAAUCAAAACUCCUCUUACCAUCAGUACUGCAACGAAUUUAACGGCAAUUUUCAUGUACGCACGUCAUUAAAGUAAAGAUCAAUUAAAUUGAUGUAUUUUACUUUUCUGUAGAAUGAUAUGGCGCAAAACGCAAUCACAUCUAUAAUAUAUAGAUAAAUAAAUUGUUCAUAACAUGACCCACACAAACAGUUAUUAUAAUUUCACGAAAAAAGAUGCACAAACACAGUUGUCUUAAAUAUUGUUACAAUAGUAACUUUGUUAUAUUAUUUUUGAAUAUACUCUUCAUGUUGUCGUUUAUCUACUUUAUUUAACUUGAUUUUACGAGUUUACAAUAUUAUUAAUCUGUUUGGCAUUACUCUUCUUCACGCAUGAUAGUAAUCAACUGUUCGACACGUAUGCAAAUGUAAAAUACAUUUAUAUGGCCUAU